AUGAGCCAAAUAAUCAUUCAGCAACAAUCGAUUCCAGUGGAAGAGAUCAAAGUUCCGCAAAGAUCUCCAGCCAGAUUAUCGCAUAACGCAAUCAGUGAGUACAUUAGUCAGAUGAAUUCAAAACUUAAGCUGUACUCACCGGACUUGACUGAUGCCAGUUCGUUUGAAGACCGUAACGAUGGCUCAGAUAAGUCGAUUUCAGAAUCGAUUUUUUCAACUGAAUCGGUCAAACAAGAAGAACCGGCUGACGAUAUUGAAGACUGGGAAAUGCUACUUGAUGAAAUCGAACUUGAUGAUAAUGGUGAUUCAAACUUGAUUUUCCAAGUUGAUGAAGUUGUUUCCGUAGUGGCCAUUCAUAAUAGUACCAUGAAUGCCAAAAAACCACUUACUUGCGUCAAUAUAGUUUCGCAAAUGGUUGAAUAA